AUGAACAAAGAAAAUAGAACUAAUGCUACAUUUCAAGAGCCCAUGCGAAUCACACGGUCACGAGCUAAAGCCUUGGGCUCAUCUGGAGGGUUACCCCCGCUAAACCCUUCUGCAAAACAGGUUCAUAAGCGAGUACUUCAACCAAAUUCCAAAAGAGCAGCGUCAGAUGAUAGCAAAGCUGCCGUCAGUGCCAAUGUUGGUCUUCAGCAUAAGAAAAGGGCUGUUCUCAUGGAUGUCACAAAUGUCUUCUGUGACAAUUCGUAUAUAAACUGCAUCAAUGCCGUCAAAAUUCAGCCUAGCAAGCAGGCUAAGCAAAGCACAGCGAAGAAUAAAGCAAAGGUGGCACCAACUGUUUCUUUGGAGAAUUUGCGGAACCAAGAGGAUACACAUACAGAAGUAAAAACAACUCAAGAAAUAACCAAUCUAAAGGUGAAGGAUUCACAAGAAAGUGGUCCACAGUUACAUUUCGAUGAAGAUUCAAUGAUUCGACAAGGUAAAUGUAUCAGCAUAAAAGACGCUGCUGUAGCAGAUCAAUUGCCUAUAAAACAAACUUCCACUAAGCAUGCUUCACUCCAAAUCCCGUCACUGAAAGAAGAAGGCAAUCUUUGCUGCAAAUCAGAGGCCUUGCAUAGUCUAGGUAUUGCAGAUAUUGAUUCAAACCACAAGGAUCCUCAAAUGUGCAGCAUGUAUGCCCCAGAUAUAUACAAUAAUAUACGUGUUUUGGAGCUCAGCCGAAGGCCCUCCGUUAAUUAUAUGGAAAUGUUGCAGCAGGAUAUCACCCAGGGCAUGCGAAGUAUUCUGAUUGAUUGGCUUGUGGAGGUUUCAGAAGAGUAUAGGCUGGUCCCAGACACUCUUUACCUGACAGUAAACCUCAUUGAUCGAUUCCUCUCUCAGAUGUAUAUUGAAAAACAAAAGCUGCAACUGCUUGGUGUUACCUGCAUGUUAAUUGCCUCCAAGUACGAACAAGUUUGUGCACCCAGUGCGGAAGAGUUUUGCUUCAUCACAGACAACACCUACACAAAGGGAGAGGUUUUGAAAAUGGAAAGUCGAGUUUUGAACUUUUUGGGCUUUCAAUUGUCUGGUCCGACCACAAUGAAAUUCCUUAGGAGAUUCAUUCAAGCAGCACAAGCUUGUUAUAAGGUUCCUUGUGUUGAACUGGACUUCUUGGCAAAUUAUUUAGCGGAAUUAGCUCUUGUCGACUACAGUUUUCUGAAGUUUCUACCGUCCCUCAUUGCUGCAUCUGCUGUGUUCUUGGCGAGGUGGACACUUAAUCAAUCAGACUACCCAUGGAAUCCAACUCUACAGCAUUAUACAAGUUACAAGGCGUCAGAGCUGAAAGGCACUGUUCUUGCUCUGCAAGAUCUGCAACAUAACACUAAUGGAUGCUCUCUCAAUGCUAUACGCGAAAAAUACAAGCAACAAAAGUUCAAGAAUGUGGCAACUUUAUCUUCCCAAAACUCUGUUCAAUCACUGUUCUAA